CCAACUUUUCCCACUGGUCUCUGCCCCACCAUCCUACUACGAGAUGUCUACAACCAAUAAUGACACACCCGCCGUGGCGGCAGCUCCUGCAGCGCCUCCUUCCAGAAAGCCUCCUACGGAUUCCACAGAACAGCAGUCGCAGCAGCAAUCUGCGUCUCACCGCGAUGGACGCAGUGGACGCGGCGGUCGAGGCCAAGGCGCCAGUCGAGGUCGCGGUGUCAAUACCAACGGCAAGAGGAACAAGAACAUGGGCCGCAACGAAUAUAACCGGCAUCAGGACGACAACGGAAGGAAACGUCCGAGGACGGAUUGGAAGCCGCUCGAGGGCGUCGACGAUGCCGACAGGGAGGAGCGCAAGCCAAAGCGCAAGGUCGCCGUCAUGAUUAGUUAUUGCGGUAGUGGGUAUAAGGGUAUGCAGCUUAACCCUCCGUUCAAGAGUAUCGAGGGCGAUCUGUUCGAGGCGUUCGUGCAGGCUGGCGCUAUCUCACGCGCCAACUCCGAUGACCCGAAGAAGUCGUCGUUUGUUCGCUGCGCAAGAACCGACAAAGGCGUGCACGCCGCCGGCAAUGUCGUUUCCCUCAAGCUCAUCGUCGAAGACCCCGAGAUUGUCCCUAAGAUCAACGCCGCCCUCCCUGAGCAGAUCCGUGUGUGGGAUAUCAUCCGCACCACGGGAUCUUUCAGUUGCUACCAGCUCUGCGACAGUCGGAAAUACGAGUACCUUGUACCCUCUCACGUUUUCUUACCACCACAUCCCGGAUCGUUCCUGGCGAAAGCUUGCCUCAAGUAUGCGAAGCAGGAAGAUGACCUGGAGGGCUAUCUAUCGCGGCAGAAGGAAGUGGAGGAUUGGUGGACCACAGUCAACGACAAGGUGAUUCAGCAACUGGGUGAUGAGGCCAGGCCUGUUAUUGAGAAAGUCAUGGCGGAAGAGGAGAAACCUGUGGACAAGCAAGAGGACACUGAACCGAAUGAGGCAAUCGAAGGCGAGAAGGACGGCGAGAAGGACGGCGAGGACUCGCUGGCUCGCAAAGUCCGAGAAAUUUACAUGCAAGAAAAGCGCGCCUACCGCAUAUCUCCGGAGCGAUUGGAGCGUGUGCGCGAAGCAUUCCGCCAAUUUGUGGGCACAAACAACUAUUACAACUUCACGAUUGACAAGACCUUCAAGGACCCGAGCGCCAAGCGACACAUCAGGUCCUUCGAAGUUAACGACCCAUUCGUGAUCAGUAGCACAGAAUGGCUGUCGAUCCACGUCCAUGGCCAGUCCUUCAUGAUGCAUCAAAUUCGGAAAAUGGUGGGGUUGGCGAUGAUGGUGGUUCGUAGUGGGUGUGUCCCCUCCCGAAUUACAGAGGCCUUUGGACCGAGAAAAAUCGCGGUGGGAAAAGCUCCUGCUUUGGGACUACUCCUUGAGCACCCGCUCUUCACACACUACAAUGAGAAGAUAUCGAAAGGCUUUGACCGUGAGCCACUGGACUUUGAGAAGUACAAAGAUGAUAUCGAUGCGUUUAAGCAGAAGUUUAUCUACUCCAAGAUCUACGAUCAGGAAGAGCGUGAGAAUACUUUUACUGCGUUUGUGCAGUAUCUUGACUGCUACCGGAGUCCAACGUAUCUCUACCUAACGUCCGCUGGAUUUAAGGUCCUCGACGAAGCGGCAGCCAAGUCGGGUGGCAAACUGCCGGCACCGAAGGAGGAGCCAGAUAAUGAGUCGGAUGAGGAGACCAUGAUUGGCACGGAAGAGGGGUAGGCUUUGCAGAUCAGGCAUAGAGAAAAGGGAAAGAGGAGUUAUGUUUUUCAUUAGCGGAAAUUUUACUCAACAUAUCUGGUUAUAUGAGAGAAAUCCAG